CGGUGGGCAAGCGGAUGAUGGCGGCGGCGGCCGGGGCGGGAACGGCGCGCUCUCUGUCCCGGUUCCGGGGCUGCCUGGCCGGGGCGCUGCUGGGGGACUGCAUGGGCGCCGUCUACGAGGCCCAGGACAGCGUCAGCCUGACGUCACUGCUGCGGCAUGUGGGGAGCCUGGAGCCCGAGCCCGGCGCGGGGGGGAGCGCGCGGACAGAGGCGCUCUACUACACGGACGACACGGCCAUGGCCAAGGCGCUGGUGCAGUCCCUGCUGGCCAAAGAAGCCUUCGACGAGGUGGAUAUGGCCAAGAGGUUCGCCGAGGAGUAUCAGAAGGACCCGGAUCGGGGUUACGGCGCCGCCGUGGUCACCGUCUUCAAGAAGCUUCUGAGUUCCAAAUGCAGAGACGUCUUUGAGCCGGCCCGAGCCCAGUUCAACGGGAAGGGUUCCUACGGCAAUGGGGGAGCCAUGCGGGUGGCGGGCAUCUCCUUGGCCUACGCCAACACGGAGGACAUUCAGAAGUUUGCCCGGCUGUCGGCCCAGCUGACGCAUUCCUCCUCGCUGGGCUACAACGGGGCCAUCCUGCAGGCCCUGGCCGUGCACCUGGCCCUGCAGGGGGACCAGCCCCGGGAGCUCUUCCUGCGCCAGCUCAUCCGCCACAUGGAGGAGGUGGAGAGCGACGAGCGGUCCGUGGCAGACGCCAGGGCGCUGGGCAUGGAGGAGUUCCCGUAUUUGAGCCGGCUGAAGAAAAUCAGCGAGUUCCUGGAGCAGAACUCGGUGACCAAGGAGGACGUGGUGUCGGAGCUGGGGAACGGCAUCGCGGCCUUCGAGUCGGUCCCCACGGCCAUCUACUCCUUCCUGCGCUGCAUGGAGCCCGACCCCGAGAUCCCCGCCGCCUACAACGCCCUGCAGAGGACGCUCAUUUACUCCAUCUCGCUGGGCGGGGACACGGACACCAUCGCCACCAUGGCCGGGGCCAUCGCCGGCGCCUACUACGGGAUGGAGCAGGUGACGGAGAGCUGGCAGCAGAGCUGCGAGGGCUUCCAGGAGACGGACGUGCUGGCCCGCAGCCUGCACAGCCUCUUCUGCCGGCCGCUCUGAGGGAGGCCCCCCCCCCAACCUCGGGCCCGACCGGCCCCGCUCGCCAGCUGGCACCGCUGCUUCCGGCGGCGGCGGCGGCGGCUCUCGAGGGUGGCGGGCCCGAGCCGGGCCGUGAACUCUCAGCCCUCUCCCGCCUCACCGUCCGCCCUCCCCCGUGGGUGGCUGCGCUGGAAGAUGAGCCGGGGGGAGAGGGGGACCGAGCUCUUUCCGUUGGCCUGUGCCAGAGGCUGGAGGAAGGUCGUGGCGGGCCUACCGCCCUUUUCCUCCCCCCUCCCCGGCCCCCGGACUGGCUGGGAUGUCGUCCAGCUAACGCGGGCACCCCGGAACUCACUCCGGACAGGAGAUGGGGGUGAGCGGAGCCGGGACACGUUUGCAUCUGGGGAAAGAGUUGGAUUUGAUAGUAAAAAUAGCAUUUGUCAAGCACUCACUGGGUACGUGGCCCUGUGCUAAGCACUGGGAAAGUUCAUCGCAAGCAACUGAUUCAUUCUCUGCCCACAGGGAGCUUUUAAAGAAGCAAAGCCCUCCCGCUCUUUUUUUUUUUUUUUUAAACAGUCGGGAGGGAGAAGGGUGGGCGGUUCUUAAAAGAACAGUGGGAUAUUUGGACUUCCCUCUGGUCUCGGGGGAUCUACUCUCCGCAAGAAACAGAACUCCGCUUCCCACCCCUCUGAAAUUCCCCCAGCCCCAGUGCUCAGAGGAAGUCCCCGUGUGGCCCCGCUCCUGCUGUGGGCUCCAGGGGGGCUGGUGGCACCACCAUGGCGGGUGGGUAUCGGCACCCGCACCGGGGGGGCAGGUCGUCUUAAACCGGUUUAUAAUAUCCAGGCGGCACAGCCCUGAAAUAAACAGGCGACUGCGAGCCCCUCUGUCCUUG